CGCCUACGCUAAUCGACUGUAAUCCUCACUGUACACAGCUGAAUCCUCUGCGGGUGUUUUCGUGCCUCACUUCUAAGUUCGUUCCACACACAGAAAAGAAAUGGACAACACCGGGAAAGAGAAGGAAGCGAUCCAGCUAAUGGCCGACGCUGACAAAAAAGUCAAGUCCUCUGGCUCCUUUUUGGGAGGGAUGUUUGGAGGAGGACAUCACAAAGUGGAGGAGGCGUGUGAGAUGUACUGCAGAGCGGCCAACAUGUUCAAGAUGGCCAAGAACUGGAGCGCUGCUGGAAACGCAUUUUGCAAGGCUGCACGUAUCCACAUGCAGCUGCAGAACAAGCACGACAGCGCCACCAGUUUCAUCGACGCAGGGAACGCUUUCAAGAAGUCCGACCCCAAUGAGGCAAUCAAGUGUUUAAAUGCCGCCAUCGAUAUAUACACAGACAUGGGAAGGUUCACCAUCGCAGCCAAGCACCACAUCAGUAUUGCAGAGAUCUAUGAGUCUGAGCUGGUGGAUAUAGAAAAGGCUAUUGCACAUUAUGAACAAGCAGCAGACUACUACAAAGGAGAAGAAUCAAACAGUUCUGCCAACAAGUGUCUGCUGAAGGUGGGAGCGUACUGCGCUCAGCUGGAGCAGUACCAGAAGGCCAUCGAGAUCUACGAGCAGGUUGGAGCCAACACAAUGGACAACCCGCUGCUGAAAUACAGCGCCAAGGAGUAUUUCUUCAAAGCCUCCCUCUGCCAUUUCAUCGUUGACGAGCUCAACGCUAAGAUCGCUGUUGAAAAAUACGAGGAGAUGUUCCCGGCUUUUUCAGACUCCAGAGAGUGCAAGUUGUUGAAGAAACUUCUGGACGCUCAUGAGGAACAGAACAGCGAGGCUUUCACAGAGGCAGUGAAGGAGUUCGACUCGAUCUCACGCCUGGACCAGUGGCACACAACCCUCCUGCUGCGCAUCAAAAAGACCAUCCAGGGCGAUGAAGGGGAUCUGAAAUGAGACGAAGCUCGGGGUAGAAACGCAGCACGGAGGGACGGAUCCAUCACGCAUGCUCUCACACACAAUACGAUACACACUUUCUGCAUUCACCUCGCUGUUUAUAGCAUCCGGAGGGGAGUGUUCGCUGACUGAUUUUCAAUAUUCAACUGCUCACUGCUAUGUCGUCCGAGUACUAAAUUUGCUUUCCUUACGAGCGUAUCUGAAUCUAGUCAGAAUGUAAAUCUUCUCGCCCUCACCUCUGUCUAGAGGCUUGCUGCACACCUUUUUCCAGCUGAAAUCUGUCAUCGGGGGAUUUCGGAGCGGUUUAUUAUUUUGAAACUGACGUUAGUAUUGGUAAGAAAAACACUGCAUGUUUUGUACAAUUAUUGUUUCCUAGUCAUAAGCAGCUCAUUUUUUUUGUACCUAGUUUAUCGUGAACGGAUAAUUUAAAUGUAAAAAGAUUCUCACAGUGUGUAUGCGUUUCAAGAAUGUACAGUACCCUUAUAUUAGCUUGUGUGGUGGAUGUAGUGGAGGAGGUUAAUGUUCUUCAAUCUGAGUUAUUGUUCACAGCCGCAACCAUUUGUUUCCAUUUCAUCACCACGGGGAGCGACUCUUCUUGGAAAAAUGGAUAUGAUAUGCACUAAGUGUAGACUGUUACACAUUUGUACCUAAGCCGCUUCAUGAUUUCAUCACUUUAGGAUUUGUUGAUGCGAUAAUACUUUGGACUGUUCGAGGCUGCGACUCGUAGUGAAAGCAGUACUUUUUGAAUGCUAAGCGAUGACGCUGAACCCCGUCCUUCUUAUCACCAGGACGGUAAUCUUGGGGUAAACCGCGUCAUUAGCCACUCAUCUUGUGUUGUGUCGUGAACUUCCUCUCAUUGAAGGGUUACUACUGCAGUGCACCUUCCAGUUGGCCAGUUGCUAAGCAUGACAUUGUGUGUAGUUCAGUGCUGUGUACAUUCACUAGUGUUAGCCAGACCAAAGUUUUUACAAAAGGGUGAGUCGCCCUGUGUACCCGGCUUCUUCCAGGUGGAAUGACAAUGGGCCGUGGAUAUGAUCUGUAUGCUUGUGCAAAUGGACAUUAAUAAAAGUAUUAUAUCCCAAAA